CAGGCCGCCGGCACCAUGAAGAUGUGGACCUCGGCAGAGUUUGUCUUUGACCACCCAUGGGAAACUGUUACAACAGCUGCAAUGCAGAAAUACCCAAACCCUAUGGACCCGAGUGUGGUUGGAGUUGAUGUGCUGGACAGGCAUACAGAUCCCUCUGGAAAGCUGCACAGCCAAAGACUUCUUAGCACAGAGUGGGGACUGCCUUCCAUCAUGAAGUCUCUUAUUGGUUCAGCAAGAACCAAAACAAAUGUGCAAGAACAUUCUGUAGUUGAUCCUGUAGAGAAAACAAUGGAACCUAAAUCAUAAAAACUUAAUAUUUCCUUUACAAAUAUGGUUUCAGGGAAUGAGAGACUUAUCUACAAACCACAUCCUCAAGACCCAGAAAAGACUAUUUUGACUCAGGAAGCCAUCAUCUCUGUGCAGGGAGUCAGCCUUCGCAGUUACCUGGAAGGACUGACGGCCUCCACGAUAUCUUCUAAUGCUAGUAAAGGCCUAGAAGCAAUGGAAUGGGUAAUACAUAAAUUAAAGGCUGAGACUGAAGAGUUGGUGGCUUCAGCAAGAGGAAGCUUGAGGACACCCAUGGCGGUGGCGGCAUUUGUAGAAAAAUGAUGAAGCAUUGGAACUGUACCUGACUUUGGUCCAACCCCAGAGCCAAGCAAGCAGAGCCCCUCCUCAUACACACACACUCACCUUGCCAAUACAGACUAGCACAGCCUGCAUGGGGGAACUGACUCUAAAAUGAGAACUUGUGUAGUUUUAAAAGACAUUAAAUUGUAUAAAAUAACUUGCUCUGCUAAAAACCACAGUGUUUUGAUUUGGUAUUUAAAUGAUAUUUUUGGAGUAAAAAUCAUCACUAAGUCU